UCAGAGUAGACUCAGCACAGUUAGUUUCGUCUAAUCUCGCAUUCACGGGUGAUGUAAUGUCUCAUAUUCCUGCACAGAGGAAGCGGUCAGUCAGACAGAGGCUCUCAGUUCGUCAAACACACACACACCUCACCAAACACUGACUGAACUCAGCGCUACUCCACAGAAUAUACGGCUUGAAUAAAUAAGACUUAUUCUCUAGUACAAUGGAUAUGAUCGCAAGGGAUCAGAAGAUGUUGGUUGGGCCACUGCCAGCAGGAAAGGGUGCAGCAUGUCUAACAUGUAAAGGGAUCUGCUCUGGGUUCCAGCCACAUUCCUGGAGAAAAGCUUGCAUACAGUGCCACUGCAGUCAGGAGGAGCAUGUGUCCAGCUCCGACAGCGAAGACGACCGCAUGGUGGGAAGAUUGCUGGCAGAGUCCCGCUAUGCCCAUCUCACCGCUAAGGUUAAGGGAGGAAACGGAAUGAGGAUCUACAAACGCAACCGCAUGAUUGUCACCAACCCAGUGGUCUCCCGUAAAGACCCAACAUUCAACACGGUCACCUAUGACUGGGUCCCACCAGGCCUCACCCAGAAACUGGCGAUGCAGUACAUGGAGCUUCUCCCUGAAGAAAGACGACCCGUGGCUGGCACACAAGGAUCGUUAUAUCGCCACAGGCAACUGUUCAGACAGCUACCCUCCUAUGAUCACGACCCUGCAUACUGCCACAGCCUGUCCGAGGCGGAGCUGAAAGCUAUGGCUCAGUUUGUGAAACACUAUAAGGAGGAAUCCUUAGGAGUGGGAGAAGUUGCCUUGCCUGGAGAAAAAGGUCCAGCCAAGAAGAAUGAAAAUGCCCCCGAGGAACAGCCAGAUGAUGAGAGCAGCACUAAUGGAACGGCACAGUCUCCUCUCAGUGAAUAUCACUGCAGCGGUUGUGGACAGCGGGCCGCUCUGGACAGGCCUGUGGUGUAUGCGGACAGGGCGGGCUACACACGGCUCUGGCAUCCCACCUGCUUCAUGUGCUGCGAGUGUGGCGAGGCGCUGGUGGACCUCAUUUACUUCUGGAAGGAAGGAUCCCUGAUGUGUGGACGCCAUUACUGCCAGAGCAUCCGACCUCGCUGCCUGGGCUGCGAUGAGCUAAUCUUUUCAGAAAUGUUCGUUCAGGAGGCGAAUGGCCAUGUCUGGCAUAAGGAGCACUUGUGCUGUUGGCUGUGUGGACAGAGUAUCAGAGUUCAGUGUGGCUGUGACAAACGGCCAUGAAAUAGUCCAAAAUAUCACCCUGGCAAAUAGGCAAUGAACACUUACAUCCAGCAAGAAAAACCAUCAUCGAUCAUUGUCUAGAAGUCUAGAACCUAUUAAAGGGGUCCUGAACUGAACUGAAUCAAAUCUUUUGACACAUAAUUGUGCUAAAACAACAUACUGUAUGUUUUUAGAAUUCAAAACUUUAAAACAUUGGUCCAAAAACAGAUUUUCUUGAAACCUAGCUGCCUCUUCAAGGUUUGAUUAAAUAAUGAACACACAGAUCAAGCCCUACUCUUUGACCAACCCACUAUAUCUAUAUAACAACAGAAAGAACAACAGGAUCACUGGACUAAAAAUAACAUUACUGUACCUUCCAAAGGAUUUCAAUGUUAGGAAGGUGGUUGUUUAUCAAGGUCUCAGUAGAGCGCUGGCAUCAGUUAUGAAAAUCCAGACUUUAUGGAAAGAUUCGGACCAAACAGUUAUGCGUCAACAUGUAAGUUAAUUAUAAAAUCUCAGUGAUUUCUGAGCUCAGACUCCUAGUCAUUAUGUCGAUAAACCAAGCCAGUGACAAACACCAAAACUCCAGUUUUGGCGUUUGUUUUGGCUCAAUCAGUGAUGCUUCUCUACACUGCUUAAUAAAUCUCAUUUACUCUAUAUAUUGAAAGCAUUUCAUGAAAGUGCAGAAAUCCUGUUGAAAUUUGUGAGAUUGUUGUAUUUGUGCGCUCAACAGCCUGUGAUCGGCUACAACCUUUUGAGGAGUAGAUCUAAAUAUAAUACUAUAAUCAACACUUUUGAGAAGUUUUAGUUAUUUCAGAAGCUGUAAAAAAUGUAGUUAAAGUUUUCAAAAGAGUUCCACAUGGGUAAUACUUAUAAUGUUAUCCAAUCAUAGCAGUGGAAGGCUUAGUACAUUGAAGGCUUAAGAGACACCCAUUUAAACUAGGCCUUAUAUUUUUAAACGAUGACUUAAUUACAACGUAUUUGAUGUGAAAAUCCUACUAACAUUAUAAGUGGAAUAUUGAAUAAAAUAAUUAUAAAAAAAUGCAGUUCAUGACCCCUUCAAUAGCACUAAUCUACAAACUGAUGGAGAUACAUUAAUAACUGACAAAGAUUUUUUGGCUGAAUGACAAAGGACUAGUUUCUCAAAAUAUCUUUAUAAUUUCAAUCUCCAUGGCUAGCAUUUAUGCACCAGAAAACCAUAGAGAUUGAUGGGAUUCUUAGUCACUGAUGUCAACUAGUACAAAUCCCUAAACUGACACAUCUGCUUAUUUUGAUCUCCAAACUGCAUAUUGAUAUUAUUACUUGCAUUUUAUAAUUUGCAUUUAGUAUUAAUACGAUUAGUAUAAUGGCGUUUCAGUGCUAAAAACAAAUCUAAGAUUUUAAGAAAAGUCAUCAAGGAGAUAAUCUCAUAUUAGGCCUUUUACGAGAAUACAAUUGUAAUGUUUUGAGAUUAGCUCAAUGUUUCAAGAUUAAAUUUGACAAUUUUACAAGUAAAUAAAAAGUGAAGUGCUGUCAACUGAUGCUGUGGUAAUUCAGAUUUCUUCUGGCUACAGAUUCAUUGUGCCACAGCUUAAACGUAAUAAUACAAUAAAUUUCACUUUAUUAUUUAAAAGGAAUAAAAAGAUUACAGAUUUUAAAACUGAACUCCUAAAUGGGUCACAUCAGCCUCAGACAUACUCGAACCUUGAGGGCCGCCGUCCAGCCCUGAUCAAACUUGGACACUGGUUAACUUUUUCAUUUAUUUCAUUAACUGAUGCUGUCUACACUGGACGCAGUGCAGUGACUCAACAAACCUGACAAUAAACUGAUGCCCUGUUCUGUUUGCGACAAGGACAAAUGGAUUUGCAAUGAUGGCUUUUCACAACUAGUGUGGACAGUUUCUAGCUGACGUGACAACGGUUGUGUCCAGUGUAGACACGGUGUGUAUCAAACAUAACACAUUUUUAUUGAAUUGUAUAAGUUUUCACAACAUGUUUUCACCUCAUUUCAGAAAUCAUGAAAUAUGAUUGGCAUGUCUAUGUCAGCAUACUGCAGAAAUCUGGAUUUAAAAUGCCAAAUCUCCACAGUAAUAUAUGAAUUCUGGUCACACCCUUUGUUUUAAUAUUGUGAUUUACCAAACUAUGACAUAACACUUUUCAGGGUUUGGUCUCAGUUCCUGUCCUUGGGAAAUGUGUUGUGUUCCUCAUCUGAUCGGGUCAUGUGUGAAUAAGAGGGGCAUCUGAAAUGUGCAGUGUUGUGGCUCCUAACGACGGGAAUAGUUGACAUUCAGCGGUAAUGCUGUCAUUGACAAAAUCUAGAGCACAUCAAGCUUAGAUUACAUAGCUAAGAGUUUCUACAAAUAUUUACUGCACUGAGGAAAGACCUUUUUAUUGCAAAUGUGUUUGUAAAUAUUAUAUCACUUCAAGGUUUAUGCUUUGGAUUGAAUCCAUAGGUGAGUGGAAAUGAGUGUUUAAUAAUUUAAUGUAAGGUUUUCAAACAAGCUUCAGAGGAGCGAUGAGUGAGGAAGCGUUUUAGGGUUUCUUCCCACCAGCCUGGGAACCAGUCUGUCCUCCAUAAUAUAAUAUAAAAGAAAAAUGUAACUGAUAAUCAAUGGUAUGCAUAUGCUGCAAAAUUUGUCUUCACAAAUGGAAUUUUAUAAUUCACUUUUGAUUUUGACACACGGUCUUGAGGUUCUGAUGUUGUUCUUUUAGUCUAGUUAGAUUGACAUGUUGUGCUAUUUUAGCCUGAAUGAGUUAUAGAGUAGUAUCUGUCACAAAAUGAGACAUACUUUGCUCUUGGUAAUUGUUUUUGUGAAGUUCCUAAAUGGUUUCAGGAAGAGUGAACCCAUCUAAUAUUUCAAUAAACUGCUGGAGCAUAUAAGCAGCCGCUCACCUUACAUCAGAUAUUUUGGCAUCCCCCCCACCUUCCCAACACAAUUUAGGCAUCUUGCUACCAUACUCAUCAUCCAAGCAUUAGUUCCACAUGGCCCACGGGGGUUUAUCUAAGCUUGAGUUGGAGCUGCUUUCUCAAGCCCCUUCACUGCAGACAGCAAGUCAAAUACUUUACCCUUAUUAUUUUAAGAUUAUAUGGGCAAAUAAACUUUUUAAAUAAACAAAUAAACGUUUAAAUAAACAAGUCAUGCAAAUGAAGAUAAUUAACGACAUGCACCUGAACUAAAUGACGAAGUCAAAGCAGUGUAAACUAAAGGUAUAUUAACAUAACACUGAUAGGCCUAUGCUGAAAAGAAAAGAAGUUUUUCCUUUGAGUUUCCUUUCGAGGGAACACGCACUGCGUCAUUGAAAACAACUCUUUGGGGCGUUCCCUUAGCGUGCACCUCUGAAGUAUGAUUGAAACUAAUCCAAUCCUGAUUGGGGUUGCAUCAUGACGUAACGUGACGGCACAUAAAAGUGACGCUAGCACACACACACACACACACAUUAGCUUUCACUCUUCAGCAAGCGCUCUCUGUGAAACUGUCUGUCUUAUUAGGUGUUGUUUGCCUGUGCAAAGGAGAUUCUAUAACACUCGUUCAGAAGCCCACAAAGCGGCUUCUUCUGUUCCUUGCUCGAGCUAUCUGUUUCUGAGGAAGUAGAUGUGCUCACAAUCGGGAACGAGCAACAUGAGUGUGUGCUAAUGUAGAGCUUGUGGAGGUUGUGAUGCGUAGUGUGGCCAGCAUCACGUGUAGUGUGGCUUUACCAACAACCCUCAAUAGCCGACUUCCUGUUGGGCUGGGGUAAAAAGUAAGAGUGUGAGGUAUAGAUGAAACGAUGAGAUGU